AGUGAUAAUUGUUGACGGAAUACGUAGUGUUUGAUACUAGUAUUUUAUAGAGUGUUGGCACAGGUAUCCUCUGGUUGAGAAACGUUGUGUGCCACUGGAAGUUUGUGACUUUCUACUCCACCGGAGAGGAACCAGGAAGUUUGUGACUUUCUACUCCACCGGAGAGGAAAAUACUUUGGCGGUUGGUUAGCUGCUGCGGCUAACCAAGGAGGGACUCUGCUACCGGACCUGCGUUGCACCCUGGAUUAUCAUUUUAUUUUUCCAGCUCGCCUUGAUAGUUUGGUUGUUAACCAAACUCGUUGACUCUGCCGUGCUGCUCGUCCAUUCCUGUGGAUACGUGAGAAACGGAGGGUGUCGUUGCUCCUUAAAGCAACUAAGGAUUUGUUUUCUCCAUGUGCACCAACUGAGGGGCCCCAACGGUUAGAAACCCAAGCGCUUGGUAAUAGAUACAUUUAAAAAGGUUGAACCGGUUCACCGCAGGCAAAUCAGUUCAUGUUAUUUGUGUUCAUAUAGCUACUAUUGUGGUUUAAAAUACAAUUAUAUUUUAUGUGCAUUUUGUUAUUUUGUUCAAGGGUUUUCUAGUACAUGAGUACUGACUUUGAUAUAGCACAAAUAAAUGUAUAUAUGUUCUAUCUUUAUUUGUUUGUCCUGGACAUUUCAUUGAAUAACAUCUAUUGGUAAACAGGAGAUUUAGCUAAUUCAACAUCAACUGCUAAGCAUUCAGGAUCCUGUUCGUUAACACAUUUAUAUAGUAACCUUAAUUAAUAAUUACACUUCCGGCGCCAGGAGGGGUUACAUUUUGGAGGCCCCGCUGGGAUCCGAUUUCCUUGUUUACCACAUAGGCAAUUUUUUUUUCUUUUAUUAGUCAGUAACGUUUUCAGUAUUAUUUAAGUUAUGGAUUUUUCUGAAGCAGUUGAGUGGAGUCUGCAGCAGACUGCCAAUCCUUCUCGUACUAUACUAUUGAGUAAUGUACCAAUACACACUAGCAAAGAGACCCUUGAUAAAGUGCUAGACACAGUUAAAGUUUUUGGCCGUACUCGCAUAGUUGACCGACGUGGAGACUCUACUGGCACAAAGUUGUUCAUCUUGGUUGAGACGAGACUUGACUUAGACCCUGACUCUGUACCUCUAGAAGUAGGCCUUGAAGGCGAGGCUGGACCAUGGGCUGUGCACAUUGUGGAAAGCCUUGCUACCUUGAAUGUUGCUCCUGAAGAGGAUACCUUUCGCACAAAGCUGAUGUCACUACUUCAAGAGGAAGGCAAGUCUAUGGAAGAUUUUCAGGCCAUAGUAGCAGAAAAUCGAGUUCCCAAAACAGAUGUGAAUAUGGACUUAGUGACUGCUAUUGGCGAAUUAGUGGAUAAAUGCAACCAAGUGUCUACUGAGGCUUCCUGCAGCCUCAGCUACAGGAAGCUGAGGCUGUUUUCAGGACUAAAACCUGUACCGCCAGGUGAGGAAGAAUAUGAAGCCUGGAUGGAGCAGGCUACACAAAUGAUCAGUGAGUGGCAAUGUACUGACUCCGCUAAAAGACAGCGUAUAGUGGAGAGUUUAAAGGGGGCCGCUGCUGACAUUGUUCGCUUUCUUAAAGUUAGCACUCCCACUGCAACAGCCACUGAUUAUUUAUCUGCUCUUGACACAGCAUAUGGCACUACAGAGAACGGAGCUCACAACUUGGUCAAGUUCAAACACACGUUCCAGAAUGAAGGAGAAAAACUGUCUGUUUUCCUGUAUCGGCUUGACAAGCUUCUCCAUUGUGCUCUUCUCAAAGAAGGAAUUAAAGCUGCAGAAAUGAACCGAGCUCGGAUGGAACAGUUGAUUAAAGGUGCACUCACUCACGACAUGGUUGCGCUCCGUAUAAGGAUAAGUCACACCCGCGAAAACCCCCCUUCCUUCUCUCAGCUGAUGCGGGAAGUGAGAGAGGAAGAAAACUGGAUUAGCGCAAGGGAAGGAGUAAAAACAACUGUUACUGCCUCUACCACCACUGUACCACCGUCUGCAGUUUUGUCUGAGCUUAACAGCCUAAGAAAUGAAGUGAACGAGUUGUCUUCUCAAGUGAGGAAACUGUUGAGCAUCACUCCAGCUACCCCAAAACCUGACAUACUGACAACAAAGACCACACCCCCACAGCGAAAAUCUGAAGUUGCUGCUUGGGAUUCAUCAGCUAGAGUGAAACCGUUCAGACCACUCCAACCAGGCAUCUUCUGUUACAAUUGCAGGCAGGAUGGACAUACAAGUAGAGAAUGUAAAGAACCUGAGGAUCUAAGAAAAGUUAAUCAAAAGCUGAUUAAAGUAAACCGGAACCAGGGAAACUCCCAAGGGGCCAGGUAAAGGAACUGUUCUUGGCUCCAUGUGAAAUACGUUCUACCCAAAUUUCACCCCCUGUGAUGGCAGGCACAAAACAGUUACCUGAUGGUCUCAUUGGACCUCGCUCCAUUGCACCUGUGCAGAUAGAAGGCAUUUAUGCAAAAGCUAUUCUUGACAGUGGCUCAGUGGUAACCAUUUUGUACCGCAGCUUC